AUGAGCUCAAAGAAAAAGCUGUCUUAUGGGCAAGUAGGAAGGAUUGCAAUGAUUAUUCUUGGCACUAGCAAUUUUAAUAAUGAACUGUAUGCGAAGCUUGUGAAUAAUUUGCAUUGUAGUUCACCAUGGAAGGUGUUCAUUAAGAACAUAUGUCAAGAACCGAAAGAGGAGUCUCUUCCGUGGUGGUUCCACAAAGCUUUGGAUGACACUUAUUAUGCAAACUGGGAGGGAGAACGUGACUAUCUGUCACCUGAUUGCUUGUUGUAUCUUGUAGAACGCCUUCUGAUGUGGGUGUCCUGCUUACAAGGGUAUGUUAUCACUACAAAAUCUUGUUUUACUGAAUGGCUGAUACACCAGCGGGAAGAUACAAAAUUUACUUCCAGUAUAAGGCCUGAUGUGCCAAUAUGUUUUGAAGUCAUCCUUCAGUUUUUGAUUGAUGUGGUUCGGGAUUUGCUUUAUGAUAAGAACACCGUGGUUGAAUGGAUUCAAAAGUCUAUCAAGGAUUGGGAGAAGUAUUAUUCACUGCUAAUCCUGAGAUUGGUUGUCAUCUUAUGCUUGCUUUAUUUUAAUUUCGGGGUGUGUUUUAGCAUACUCUUAGAACUAAUUUGGAGGGACUACAUCACUGAGCAACUACCAAAGGAGUUUUGUGAGGUCCUCAGGAGACUUAUAUCUGUACAAAAUUCUCCUAGUAUAAAUGUGAAUCUGAUUGAGGAAGCCUUUAAGAAAAUUGGUAAUCCUUUGGUAGUUGCAAGUUUCGGGAUCGAUUGUUCUAGGUUCAUUUGUUCAGAUGCCAUUUUUUUCGACAUGAAGGGCAACCUUUGCAUUGACGAAAUGUUGAGAACAUUGUUCUCAAAACCGCACAUUCAUGUUCAAUCUUCACGAGGUCAAUCUGAAGCCAUGGUGGUAGAAGCUAAAAGUUACUGCUCUGCUGCGCCUUCUGCUUAUGAUUCAAAUGAGGCCAACUGCUCUAAGCUUGUUCCACACACCCCCGGCUUGGUAACAGAUAAGGUCCAAAACAUAGGAAAUAGCAAGCAAAGUAGCCUUCCAAUGGAUUUUGAUCUCUUUUGGGAAAUAAUUGAAGGUUUACAAUUGUUGGAGAAGGAAGGAGAUCAGAGGAGUUUAUCUUCAGAGGCCUCCACAAUCAAGUUGGAUCUGGAGAAAGCUAUUGGCACCUGGACUGCUGCAUGGUCUACAUACUAUUCAAACUGUGAUGACAGAGGAGCAUUAUCUGCAGAAGUACUUCACAUGCUUGAUGAAACGGUGCAACUCUAUGCUGUAUUAGAUGGGAGUGAGCAGGAACUUCGCAACAAAAUUUCAAUAGUCGCAGAACUUUCAAGGCGGUUGCAGUCGAGGAGGCAAACGGUGGAGCCAAUCUUGACUCGCCUAGUUUUGGAGCACAAUUCAAAGCUUGCUAGGAUGCAAAUCUUGAAUCAGCUAUUUUUGGAGCACCAGACAAGGCUUGCUUGGAAGGCAAAGUUGAAUCAGCUAGUUUUCGAGCACCAUAGAAACCUUGCUAAGAAUGCAAUGUUGAAUCAGCUGGUUUUGGAGCACCAUACAAAACUUGCUAGGAAUCUAGCUACUGGAGACUGUUGA